CAAAAAAUUUGUUGAUCACAUUAGUAUAGUACUGUGAUGUUUUACACUUUGAAGUGAAGUGCGGCGUAAGAACCAUAAGACUUGGGCUGCUCUUAUCCAUAAACAUGUUUCUUCGAGUUCAUGAUUCUAACUGAAAAAUGAAACUAAGUCCAAGGGAGAUCGAGAAACUAGACCUUCACAAUGCUGGCUACCUUGCACAGAAGCGUCUUGCUCGUGGUUUAAGACUCAAUUAUGUUGAAACUGUGGCUCUCAUAGCAACACAGAUUUUGGAAUUUGUUCGUGAUGGUGAGAAGAGUGUUGCACAGUUAAUGUCCAUUGGGAGAGAACUUCUGGGAAGGAAACAAGUUCUUCCAGCUGUUCGACAUCUCGUGGAAAGUGUUCAGGUUGAAGCCACCUUUCGUGAUGGGACUAAGUUAGUGACCAUUCAUGACCCAAUCGCUUGCGAGAAUGGAAACCUUGAACUAGCAUUGUUUGGUUCUUUUCUUCCGGUACCUUCACUUGACAAGUUUACAGAGAACGAAGAAGAUCAUAGAAUUCCAGGACAAAUAGUAUUUAGAGGUGAAAAUCUGAUUCUUAACCCUGGAAGGCGUGCAAUAAUUCUUAGAGUUAUCAACAAUGGAGACAGGCCAAUUCAGGUUGGAAGCCACUAUCAUUUUAUUGAAGUAAAUCCUUACUUGACCUUUGAUCGAAGGAAAGCGUAUGGCAUGCGCCUCAACAUAGCCGCUGGGAAUGCCACACGCUUUGAGCCAGGGGAAUGUAAAAGUGUUGUACUUGUCAGCAUUGGAGGUAGCAAAGUCAUCAGAGGAGGUAAUAACAUUGCUGAUGGUCCAGUUAAUGAUUCCAAUUGCAUUGCAGCCAUGGAGGCUGUGACCACAAGGGGAUUUGGGCACGUAGAAGAGGAAAAUGCUAGGGAAGGUGUUACUGGAGAAGACUAUUCAUUAACUACAGUUAUACUUCGAGAGGAAUAUGCCAACAAGUAUGGUCCUACAAGUGGUGACAAAAUCCGUCUCGGUGAUACCGAUUUGUUUGCUGAAAUUGAAAGAGAUUUUGUUGUGUAUGGUGAUGAAUGUGUUUUUGGAGGUGGAAAAGUCAUAAGAGAUGGAAUGGGUCAAUCAUGUGGUCAUUUACCUAAGGAUUCCUUGGAUACUGUCAUAACAAAUGCUGUGAUCAUUGAUUAUACUGGAAUUAUCAAAGCAGAUAUUGGUAUUAAAAAUGGAUUGAUUUUCUCAAUUGGAAAAGCAGGAAAUCCAGACAUUAUGAAUGAUGUAUCUCAUAAUAUGAUAAUUGGGGCUAAUACUGAAGUUAUUGCUGGAGAGGGCUUGAUUUUGACACCUGGGGCUAUAGAUUGUCAUGUUCAUUUUAUAUGCCCUCAGUUAGUAGAUGAUGCCGUAACAAGUGGUAUCACAACAUUAGUGGGAGGAGGAACAGGACCCGCUGAUGGAACACGUGCUACGACAUGUACACCAGCUCCAAAUCAGAUGAAAAUGAUGCUACAAUCAACAGAUGACAUGCCUUUAAACUUUGGUUUCACUGGAAAAGGGAACAGUGCCAAACCUGAUGAACUGCAUCACAUAAUCAGCGCUGGAGCUAUGGGAUUGAAGCUGCACGAGGAUUGGGGAACUACACCAGCUGCAAUAGACACUUGUUUGUCUGUUGCAGAACAAUAUGAUAUCCAGGUUAACAUACACACUGACACCUUAAAUGAAUCUGGUUUUGUGGAACAUACUAUUGCUGCAUUUAAAGGAAGAACUAUUCAUGCUUAUCACAGUGAAGGUGCAGGUGGUGGCCAUGCUCCAGAUAUCAUAAAAGUAUGUGGUGUGAAGAAUGUUCUGCCAUCUUCGACAAAUCCAACGCGCCCUUAUACGUCUAAUACCAUAGAUGAGCAUCAUGAUAUGUUGAUGGUGUGCCAUCAUCUUGAUAAGGAUAUUCCAGAAGAUGUAGCUUUUGCAGAUUCAAGAAUAAGGGCUGAAACAAUUGCUGCUGAAGAUAUUUUGCAUGAUAUGGGCGCAAUUAGCAUUAUAUCUUCUGAUUCACAGGCUAUGGGUCGAAUUGGAGAGGUGAUAUGCAGAACUUGGCAAACUGCGGAUAAAAUGAAGUCACAUAGAGGACCACUGCAACCUGGUGAACAGAAUGACAACGUUCGGAUCAAACGUUACAUUGCAAAGUACACUAUAAACCCAGCUAUAGCAAAUGGUUUCUCGCAAUAUGUUGGUUCAGUUGAGGUGGGAAAGUUAGCUGAUCUUGUACUAUGGAAGCCGUCAUUUUUUGGAGCAAAACCAGAAAUGGUGAUCAAAGGUGGUGAGGUUGCAUAUUCUAACAUGGGUGACCCAAAUGCAAGCAUUCCAACACCUGAACCAGUGUUUAUGAGACCUAUGUUUGGUGCAUUUGGCAAGGCUGGUAGUGCACACUCCAUUGCUUUUGUGAACAAGGUAGCUUUGGCCAAUGGGGUAAAAGCUUUGUAUGGACUUAACAAGAGAGUGGAAGCUGUGGAAAAUGUAAGGAAACUCACCAAGCUCGACAUGAAACUGAAUAAUGCUCUUCCAGAAAUCACUGUGGAUCCCGAAACAUACACAGUUACAGCAGAUGGAGAGGUUCUCACCUGCACUGCAGCCAAGACUAUUCCUCUUUCAAGAAAUUACUUCCUCUUUUAAACUCAAAGUGCGUGUGCAAUCCACAAUUUUAUUCAAAGAACCAUUAAGUAAGCAUGAACAUUAUCAUGCUGAUAGAUAUUCAAAAUCAAUAAAUUUUUUUGGUUCUUUCACUUUA